CAGCUGAUAUGACAGGAGAAUACAGUAUCACACCGAGCCACGAAGAGCUGACUUAAAAACUUUUACAUGUAGAAAGUGGGCGGAUGUCGUGUGCGACUGAUACAGGUCGGAGAGGGGAUUAGUGAGGGAAACGAAGGAAGAAGAAGAAGUGAAUGUAGGUUUUCUUUUUUGAUGCAAUGGGAUUUGCCACUUUCGUAUGAAGAGGCGGACCUAUGAGAUACUGCGAGUUCAAUAUGCUGGAGCUGUCCCCGGUGUUUGUAUACUGUACGUGGAAGUACAGGGACUGUCUUCUUCCAACUCACAGGCCCACGUACGGAUUUAACACGAGCUCUUGAUAUUAUUAUUAUUAUUUUUUUUUAAAGCUCGCGGAUAUCCACGGUAGAAAAGCUACUACCAUUGUUUUGCGGCUGUUUUUGUUUUGGACAGGGGAUUCCUCCAGACAGGCUGCAUGUGCUUUGCUCCUUAGCCUGUCUGUAUUCACCGCACGGUCGUUUUUUUUGUUUGUUAGCUAGUGUACAUUUUUUCUAUUUAAAUGUAUAAUAUUAGAUAUGGGGGUCUCGCUUGCCGUAGCUCGCGGUAGUCACCCCUCAGGAACAGCAGCCAGUGAACCCAUUAGAGGCUGUUAGUUUUUUGUUUUUUUGUUUUUAUGAAAGGGGUCUUCUUUCAAAGUAGUUUGCCUUGCCCUUGACUCACCAUGGACUAUUAUUUUUUAGGCAUUUUUCACGCUCCUGUGAGGUUCACUGUCAGCAAUGACUGCUUCUGUUUUAGCUGUUAGCCGGUAGGUUUGCAAACAAGUCUACUGCGGGAUUUUUUUUUUUUUUUAAGUUGGUGCAUUUUCCAGGUGUCUCUUUUUCUCGUGACACCACCAUUUCUGCUAUAUAAAAAAAAGACUGAUAAUUUUUUAUUUAUUUAUUUUUAUUAUAAUUUUUUAAAAUCUCUGUCUGGCUAUUGCACCUGACAUAUUUCUGUAUCAUAUUUUUUUUAAUCCCGGGAUUACCCUCUUGUGCUGUAAAUCUCCAUCCACACUCCUAAUCCCGGUCCCACGGAUACGAAAUACUAGAUUUUCCACCUCAUUUCCACCAUGAGUUACAUCCACAAGGUGGUGAAUGUGUUGCUACGUGGACUCGUCAUCUAUGCGGUACUGGGCUUGGAGUGCACUUACUCGAAUGAUCUACCCAACCACUCGUCUGAUGCUGCAAAUGUAGCCACGACAGACCCCUGUCUCAUAGUGAUGCCGCCAUGCAUGGGCGAGGCCGACCGCUUCAGUCUGGAGGCGCUACGGCACAUCCACAAACAGCUGGAUGACGACAAUGACGGGGGAAUAGAGGUCAAUGAGAGCGUGGAGUUUAUAAUAGAAGACAUGAAGCAGCAGCAAACCAACAAACACAGCAACCUGCACCGUGAAGACCAGCACAUCACUGUGGAGGAGCUGUGGAAGGGCUGGAAGACCUCCGAAGUCCACAACUGGACCAUGGAGGACACGGUGCAGUGGCUGAAGGAGUCGGUGGAGCUGCCGCAGUACGAGAAGAACUUCCGGGACUUCCGGGUCACGGGGAACACCUUACCUCGAAUAGCAGCAAAUGAACCGUCGUUUAUGUCGAUGCAACUGAAGAUAUUAGACCAGCGGCAUAAACAAAAACUAAACCUAAAGGCGCUGGAUGCAGUGCUGUUUGGUCCUCCUCUCCGUCCACAACAUAACUGGAUGAAAGACUUCGUCCUGAUGGUUUCCAUAGUGAUCGGUGUUGGGGGCUGCUGGUUUGCCUAUGUGCAAAACAAGUCCAGCAAGGUGCACAUCUCUCAGAUGAUGAAGGACCUGGAAAGCCUGCAGAACGCGGAGCAAAGCCUCUUAGACCUGCAGAGCCGGCUGGAAAAAGCUCAGGAGGAGAACCGGACGGUGGCGGUGGAAAAGCAAAACCUCGAGCAAAAAAUGAGGGAUGAAAUCAACGGGGCCAAAAAGGAGGCUCACAGGCUUCGAGAGCUGCGAGAGGGAGCUGAAUGUGAGCUGAGCCGCCUCAAAUACGCAGAGGAGGAGCUAGUGCAGGUGCGUAAGGCUCUGAAGCGAGCGGAGAAGGAGAUGCAGUCGGAGCGCUCGGUGCCUGAAGCUCUUCAGAAGUGGCUCCAGCUCACACACGAGGUGGAGGUUCAAUACUACAACAUCAAGAAACAGAACGCAGAGUUUCAGCUGUGCGUCGCCAAAGAGGAGGCAGAGAAAAUUAAAAAGAAGAGAAGUUCUGUGUUUGGAACUCUUCACGUAGCCCACAGUUCAUCACUGGAUGAGGUGGACCACAAGAUACUAGAAGCAAAGAAAGCCCUGUCAGAGGUGACGGCGUGCCUGAGGGAGCGGCUCCACCGCUGGCAGCAGAUCGAGAAGCUUUGCGGCUUCCCUGUUGUCAACAACUCGGGGCUACCGAGCCUGACGGCCAGCCUCUACUCUGACCACAGCUGGGUGGUCAUGCCGCGAGUGUCGGUGCCUCCCUACCCCAUCGCAGGAGGAGUGGAUGACCUGGACGAGGAUACGCCUCCCAUCAUUCCCCAGUUCACGACGGCUACGAUGAUCCGGCCUUCGCUGACACGCAGCAGCAGCCUGUGUCGUUCCCGCCGGAGCCUGCUGAGCUCCCCACAGUCCUCGCUGAUGUCCCCAGACCCCGACCUGCUGUCCAUGGCCAGCUCGUCCCUCUCCUAUCACCCCGAGGCAGAUGACGAACAUAUCAUGUUCAGCUCGGAUAGGAGGGGGUAUGUAGCGGUGGCCGGAACGCCGCGGAAUGGUUUUACAGUUUGGACUCACAGGGAACCGGCUCAGGAGGGCAGCUCCGACACAGACUCUCUCAACUCUUCCUUGGGCCGCAGGCAGCUGCACAACCCCUGCACGCCAGGAUCGGAGACCCCCUACCGCAAGAUCUCCCGCGAGGAGCUGCUGCUGUUCAGCCAAAGUUCGGAUCUUCCCGCGUCCACCCCCACCACCACCACCCACACCAGCAGCAGCAGCAGCAGCAGUCUCAGGGACUCCACGCCUCCUCCUCUCCCUCCAACUCCGGCCACCACCCCCUCAGGCCCACCCUCCACCUCGCCCUCCCCGGCCUUGGAGCACCACCCAUUUGCACACAGAGGCUCACCCGACAUCACCCGCAUCAUCCCGGAGUCCCAAAGUGCAACCUUCUCGCAGGGGAAUGUCACCUCUGCGACAGGAAAGGGCAUGUACAACGGCAUCCUGGAGAAGUCCUACAGCUUCGGUCAGCUGCCUGCGAGCAUGCUGCCCAACGUGGGGCGUUACCCGUCUCUCACCUCCCUGGACUCGGAGGGCCGAAGUGUGGGAAGGGAACACAAGCUCCAGAGCACCUCCUCCCAGGACUCCAGCGACAAUGGAGAGAAAAUCAAGCGCUCCUCCUCUAAAUUAAAAAGUCUAUUUAAGAAGAAAAAAUAAAACUUGCAAAGUGAGAUAGUGAAAGAGAGACAGAAAUAAAAUAAAAGGAGUUGUUUUAGCCGUAAUACUAAAAAAAAAAGGACAUCACUGUAAGCUAAAACAUUUCAUUUUCUCUCUUAUUUUCCUCUUUUUGUUGUUAAAGAUGGAAUGUAGCUCAGUCUGGGUGCCUUUAAAAGCUCCAGACUGGUAGCCUUAUUUUUCAAUAAUGCCUUUUUAUUUAGUUCACUCAUAGCCUCACAAGGAAAACCUGCAAAGGUCAAGGAAAGGUCAAUCAAAGGUCAUGAUAGUUGUCAUCCGGACAUCCAACAACACAUGACCUGUUCGCUGUCUUCUGUUAAAGUUACUUUGCGUUCAAACCAAAAAGCCGCUAUGGUUAAGGGCCUAAAGGUGCAGUCCAUGAAUUUAUUUCCAAGCACACAAUGUCUUGUGUUUCACUGUUGAUGUCCAGUGCAGAAUGACAUUUGCUGUUCCCACUGAAAAUAUUUAAAUCUCCCUUUCAAUAGUGACAGCAACACUUGAAAAAAAAAAAAAAAAAAAAAACACCCAGAAAAAUAAAGGUUAUGAUUUCUGAUAACAUAUUUUUUGACAGUUUCUUUGUCAAGUGUCCGAACUACUUCUCCCCUGUUCUAAUUCUGAAUUGCAUCUUGUGAAGUGUUGGAGUCCUAAACUCAUGUACUUGAUUAAUUUCCUUUGAGAAAAAAAAAAAAAAAAAAAAAAUCCUGCUAAAAGUUUGUUGCACUAAUGCUUUCCUGGUAUUUUGGGAAAGAGCCGCUGCUUGCGGAGUACAUAUUGAAUAAAGAUAUAGAGAUGAGAGGAACACAUGGGCAGCGGCAGUGAAAAUGCAGCACAUAAUGCAAGAGCCAAAAUUAUCUGAUGCGUCUUCAAUGUCACUGUUUAUGCACAUCUCAAAAUAUAUACAUAUAUAUAUACAUAUUAUAUAUACUUUGUUUUAGCAUAAUUAUGUUCUGAUAGAUGUUUUUAAAUACAUUUUGAUUGGUGGGGGUCCCUAUAAACUGAUCUUUACUGAAGAGAGUUUAUUGAAUAUGCAGAUUUAACCCACACCAGUCAUUUUCCCUGUAAUCUAGCUCUCCCUUAUUACUUGAUUAACUGCAUUCUGUAGCCAUACAACAUACCAUUUCCAUUUUGUUUUGUCUUAAACCCUUUGUCCCUUUCUAAAACUUGGUGUCACUACCAGAUUUCGGUCAAAUUGUGUGCAAUUAAUUCUUUUUGUGGGUGGAGUGCCAUGACUCUGAGGAUUCAUGAGCGCCAGGGAGUCUAAGACAGCUGCAGGGAUGUCUCCACUCUACUGCGAUGUCUUUGGCCUCUACCAUGUUUGUUCCCAGGCUUUUUAAAGACGAACACUAAGGAUUAUCUGUUCAACAAAAUGAACUUUUUUGAUUGACUUUUUGACCAGAUCUGAUUGAUACACCAAGACUCGCCACCCCUCCCACCACCACAACCACCACCACCAACACCAACACCACCACCACCACACACUAAGCUCGAAGCCGACCCAUGCAAUACGGUCCCGUUCCUCACCUCUGGGCCUGCACCGAGCGCACUGAUGUCAAGAGCUCCUGCUUCACACUGUGAUUUCUGCCUUCUUCCCUUCAUCCUGGACCUGGCUGCUGUCACUGCUGCUGCUCAACACGACGGGUCAUGUGGUUACAUGACGGCCGUGUCAGCGGAGAUGCGAUGUCAGGGGGUGACGCCGUGCACGAGGUGUGUCUGGGUGACAGGACGACACGAUGACGAGAGGAUCCAGUGGCCUCUGUUUUUAAAGAAGAAAAAAAAAAUACAUAUAUAUUUGGAAGGUCGUGAACAAUACAGCACACAAUGAGGGAAGUAGAAGACAGGACUGCAAGAGGAGGAGAAAAUGAAUGUUUACGAGACAGGGGCUUUUUUUUGAGAACAUUUUCUGUGUGAAUAUUUGUAUACUGUAGACGAAUUAAUAAAAAAAUUGAGGCAU